UCGCUUGAAUAUCUCUUCAGUUUAUCUAAAAUGGAGAACGAAGCUAGAGAACUUGUGGACUUGUACAUUCCGAGGAAGUGUAGUGAAACGAACGACAUUCUGGCAGCUAAGGACCACGCCUGCAUCCAGCUCAAUAUAGUGGAUGUGGAUGCGAACGGCGUGAGGACUAACACGUUCAAGACAUACGCCAUCUGUGGGCGAGUGAGACGUAUGGGUCAGAGCGAUGACUCAAUCAUGCGCCUCGCACAGAGGGACGCCAUCAUGCCCAAGAAGAUGUAAAAAAAACAGACGAAAAAAUAAAUGGACUAAUGAUGGUUUCAUUGAACUGAGUGAAUCUGGUAUGAUCGGUUGCUUGUGACUUAUGUGCAUUGAUUGAACCAGAUACGCAAAUUCAAUUUGGUCCAAAGA